CUUACAUUGCAGGCGUCAUGGAGAAUUUACCUUCUGGUCAAAGCGUUCUCAGUCUCUCGGUCAAAGAUGCCGAUCAUGGCUCAAAUGGGCGAGUUACUUUUUCUGUAAACAGCAAUAAGUUUGCUGUAAAUUUAACAACUGGCAUUCUCUACACAACUCAACCGCUGGACAGAGAGGAGCAGGCUCAAUACCAACUGACUGUAGUGGCUACUGAUGGGGGAGGGGGUGCUGCAAAGAGCACAAGUGUGUCUUUAGAAGUUAACGUCGAAGAUCAAAAUGACAACCGGCCACAAUUCACUGAGUCUGUUUACUUGGUAGCUAUCAGUGAGAAUGCCACUGUGUCGUCAUCCAUCAUUCGGGUGUCAGCUGAUGACCCAGAUUACGGCAAUAACGCUGAUUUGAUAUUCACUCUCACGGGAGGGGACGGGGUCUUUGCGAUCAACAGAACAUCUGGCGUUAUCAGCAUCGUGACCAAAGUUGAUCGUGAAACCAAACCCAACGGCUAUUCACUGAUUGUGACCGCGAGAGAUCAUGGGUAUCCCGUGCCCCAAUCUUCUACGGUCUUGGUCAAUGUAACAGUAUCUGACGUGAACGAUAAUGCUCCUCGGUUUGAUAAAUUUACGUAUUUAGCUGAAAUCAGAGAGGACAGUGAUAUCGGUGCAGUUGUUACCGCAGUUCAUGCAGUGGAUGAAGACGAAGAAUUGGCUGGGGAGAUUGUGUACUCCAUCACAGCUGGUAAUGAUGGAGGCGUGUUCUCCAUUGAUUCAUCGGGAAAUAUAACAGUCAUUAAAAAGUUGGACAGAGAAACGAAGAGUGCUUACGAACUGACAGUUACUGCCCAGGACCGCGCAGGGGAACCUAAAUCUGCAAGUGUUGAAGUGGAUGUCAACAUAGCUGAUGCCAAUGACAAUCCACCAUUCUUCCGUGCGCUCCCGCUGACCAUUCUGAUCAGCGAGUCUGCACUUCCUGGCAUGCCUGUCUAUACCUUGAUCGCCGAUGACCCGGAUGUUGGCAGUAACAAAGUUCUCACCUACGCGGGGUACUCCGCUGAGGGAAAAUUUGCAAUCAACGCAGAUACUGGAGUAAUAACAACAAUUGGGAAGUUAGACUUCGAAAAACAACAGAAUUACACAUUCUAUGUCGUGGCAAUGGAUCAAGGCACUCCACCGCUCAACAGCUCUAAACUUCAUGUAAACAUCACUUUGGUUGAUGAAAAUGACAAUAAUCCCAAAUUCGAGCGGCCCAUGUAUAGUGUGGAGGUCUGGGAGAAUGAGACAAUCGGUGGUCACGUGGUUCAGGUCAAGGCGACGGAGAGGGACUCGGCCAUUGGGUCUCGUAUUGGGUAUAACAUCUCGGCUGGUGAUCCAUAUGGACAGUUUAAGAUAUUUUAUGACUCGGGAAUCAUCGUAGUUCUGAAGCCUCUUGAUAGAGAAAUUAUACCAAACUAUACGCUUCGUGUGAGGGCCACAGACAACGGGAACCCACCUCGGUACGGUGAAACAUCGGUGACAAUUUUGCUGAAGGAUAUAAAUGACCGCACCCCAGUUUUUCAAUUCCAAGAUUACCAGAGUGAAACUUCAGAAGACAGUUCUGUGGGGACCAGUGUGACAACAGUAGAAGCCACAGACAAAGAUAGCCUGGAGAAUACAGUGCUGACAUACAGCAUUCUGAGUGGUGAUCCGAAUGGCAACUUUGGCAUAACGACGACCAAAAGUGGCGGGAAAUACCUUGGGGUGAUAACCGUGGCAAAGCCACUGGACCGGGAAACAAAAGAUCUUUACAAACUAAUCAUAUUUGUGUCAGACGGUCUCCACAACAGUAGUGUGAUACUGGAGAUCCGACUCACGGAUGUGAAUGACAGGAAUCCAGAGUUUAAUGCCUCGAUUCAAUAUUCAGCAGAUGUGCCAGAGAUGUCACCUAGCGGACUGUUUGUUCUCCGUGUGCGGGCGACUGAUGCGGAUCUCGGCGACAAUGCAAGAAUAACGUACAGCCUUGAAGGAUCAGACGGUAAAUUUACUGUUGAGGCAAACACCGGUGAAAUCAGGACAGGUCCAGCUUACCUUGACAGAGAGGGAAAGGGUGUUUAUCGAAUGACUGUAGUGGCAACCGACACAGGAAACAAACAGGGUCGCAAGGAAGUGACUGUUCACGUGACAGACAUAAACGACAACUCUCCAAAGUUUGUUCCACAAGUCAUGACGGUGACACUUACUGAGGGCAACGAUACGGCGGGAAUAUACGUGAUACAAGUAAAUGCUACCGAUUCGGAUGCCGGGGACAACAAAAACAUUACCUACUCUAUCAAUGGAGGAAAUCUGGGAGAUGUCUUCCUUAUUGAUGGAAACACGGGUUUGAUCACGACAUACAAAGACCUUGACCGGGAGGCACCUGGGCUGGCAGUCGAUAAGCACGGCAGGGGAGUGUAUACGUUAUUGGUCGCUGCCACUGACCAUGGCUCGCCUAAACAGCGAAAUACAGCGACGGUACAUGUGCUUAUCGAGGAUAUAAACGACAAUACACCGUUGUUCCCACCUAAUGGAUACAAUGUUAAGAUAUCGGAAGGAGCCAAAGCUAAUAGUGACGUCAUUGCUGCAGUUGCUGUUGACCCGGAUGCUGGAAAUAAUGGGAAACUUGUUUACGAGUUGAUAUCCGGUAACACAGGAGGCGAUUUUUCGCUGGAUCCUCAGACAGCCAUGAUCAGAACUCGCAAGAAUCUUGAGCGACAACAGACAUUCUCCUACAAUCUUACCAUUGGCGUGUCAGAUCAAGGAAAACCUGCACGGAUUGCAACGACUCAAGUCUACAUUGAAGUUGGUGAUAUAAACGACAACGACCCAGUCUUUGAUCCGGUCAACUACACAGUGUCUGUGUUUGAAAAUUCACCCGUGGGGACAGCCCUAAUAAAUGUUACAGCAACAGAUGCGGACAGCGGACAAAACGCUCGGAUUACCUACAGUGUCACUUGAGGGGAUCCUUUCUCUGUGUUCACUGUCGAUACGCAGGUACACCAACAUGGAACGGUUAAAGUUAAAAGUCAUGUUGAUCGGGAACAAAGAAACAACUACACUCUAACUGUGACCGCGGCUGACGGAGGAGUUCCACUCAGUAGGAAGGCUUUUGCUACAGUGUUUGUAACAGUAGUAGAUGUGAACGACAACGCACCAAAGUUUACUCAAGCUAUGUAUACUGGGAAUAUAAUGGAAAACUCCAUAGCUGGGACGACUGUGAACAUGCACCAAAAGAUUAAAGCUACAGACCUUGAUGAAGGUCUAUACGGAGAGAUCCGCUAUCACCUCAAUGGUUCCGAAAGACAUCAGUUUGCCAUUGAUCCAAUUACAGGCAUCAUUUCCACGCGAAAAUUUCCUCUGCCGACACUGGACCACGAGAGGAUUGAAAACUAUUCCUUUUUUGCGGUAGCUGUUGACGAGACGGGCUUUGGGCAUGCUUCGUCCGUGCCUGUUAGGAUACAGGUUAUCGACGUUAACGACAACGUUCCCAGAUUUGAACCAACGACGAAAAGUGCAACUAUCAGUGAGGAUUCUCCAGUUGGUUUCUCAGUGACAAACGUUUUUGCUGUAGACCCAGAUCAUAAUCUUAACGGAAAAGUGUCUUAUUCGCUGAUUUCUGGAGCAGAUGGAAAAUUUGAGAUUGGAAGAAGCGACGGAGUUAUUCGCGUAAUUGGUGAUCUGGAUCGAGAAAUGAAAGAACACUAUGUUCUAAAUGUUUCAGCUUUAGAUGGUAGUUAUUACCCGCUAGAAGGUUUUGGUUUUGUUCAUGUUACUUUGUCAGACGUGAACGACAAUAUACCGCGAUUUGAAAAAUUGGUCUACAAAGUUACAAUCUCAGAAGAUUCCUCAGUCGGUAGUUUACUUGUAAAUCUCACAGCUAAAGAUCCAGAUUAUGGGUUAAAUUCUGAUGUAUCGUACUCCAUGAGCCACCCUAAGUUCACGAUUGACCCCAAAACGGGGAGCGUGACAACCACAGGGAAACUGGACCGAGAAACUCAAGACACAUAUUCAUUCAUCGUACGUGUUCAAGAUGGUGGAGGUCUGGGAUCAAGUGUAGCUGUAAAUGUGGUGAUAUCAGACACAAAUGACAAUUCUCCUUAUUUCCUGAGCGAGAGGUACAAGACCGACGUUAUUGACAAGACGCCGGUUGGUACAAUAGUGUUAACCAUUGUUGCAGAAGAUAAGGAUGUCCAUGAAAAUUCCCGCAUUGUAUAUCUCAUUGCUGAUGCGAAGGACGACUUGUUUAGUGUCGACCCAGAAGACGGGUUUAUAAAGGUUCACAAGCCAAUCAAUCGUAUCGAUCUCCUCCGACGUGAUGUGAUUGACGUCAAUGGUUCCUUCGUUUUUAAGGUGGUGGCACGUGAUCAGGGUAUCAUUUCUCGUUCAUCCAACAUCACAGUAGAGAUGAACAUUGUGGAUGCAGGCGAUGACAGUCCAGUGUUUAACAGAUCAUCUUAUGUAGUCAAUGUUACGGAAAACCAACCAUCAGGAACUCCAAUUUUGCAAGUUGUAGUUUCAAAGCACAGGCCUGGAGCAGUUCUCGCAUACAGUAUUGUAUCUUUACAGGACGAGUUCCAGAUUGAACGAAGCACGGGCGAAAUUUCGACAUUGAUGUUGCUAGACAGAGAAGUUCGUGAUGAUUAUGUGUUCACCGUUCCAGCCAUGGAUAACGGACAAACUCCGCUCAGUGGCUACACUUCGGUGACCGUCCAUGUGACUGACGAAAACGACAACGCUCCUCAUUUCCAGUUCCUUUCUCCUCACAAAAUGACCGUCAUGGAGGAUGUGCCUCUUGGAACAAGAGUCGGUCGUGUGGAAGCGCUGGAUAGCGACGCAGGGGAGAACGCUGUAUUUGAGUAUGCCAUCACUCACGCGAAUAUUGGCCCAGGGCAGUCAAUGAUCUCGAUUCACUCAGACUGCGAGACUCCUCUGGGACUGGAGAAAGGUGACGUCAAAGCCAGCGACACUCGAGCCACAAGUACAUACACUGUCCCUAACGAGGAUUACUCACCAACACAGGGGAGACUAAAUAACAAAGUUUUUAACCAGUUUGGGAUAUCUUACAAAGGGGCUUGGUGUGCAGCAACGAAUAACAAAAAACAAUAUCUGCAGAUUGACUUUCGAGGAAUGCGAAAGGUUACAAAAGUUGCCACACAGGGGAGGCCUGGAUCCAACGAUUACGUUAAAACUUUCAAACUGUCGUUCAGUUUGGAUGGUAGCUCCUUUGAAUUCCACAGAGUGGUUUUCCAGGGCAACAAUGAUGGUGGUAGUACCAACACGAAUCGUGUUCUUCCUCCAUUUCACGCACGUUACGUGCGAGUUCAUCCUCAGUCGUGGAAUGGCAGGAUUUGCAUGAGGCUGGAACUUUACGGAUGCGAGUCCACUGGGAAAGACGAAGUAACCCUGCCUUUCAUCAUUGAUCCAGACACUGGUUAUGUUAGUACUUCAUAUAGUCUGGAUCGUGAAUUGCAGGAAAAGUAUAUCAUGACUGUGGAGGCCAAAGACAAAGGCAGCCCCCCUUUGAGAAGUAACACAACUCUUGAAGUCCUGGUGAUAGAUACCAACGAUAAUCCACCAGUAUUUACACGACCAGAAUAUACUGCACCAGUUCCGGAAAACGCCUUUGGUGGAUAUCAGGUUAUAAGGGUCACAGCUCUGGACGCUGACGAAGGCAGCAAUGCUGCUGUAUCUUACAACAUUGUCGAUGGUGCCGGCGACAAGUUCAUUAUUGAAGAAUUAUCAGGCAUAGUUCGUCCCUCUGGUCGUCUUGACUACGAAUCAAUGAGGGAUAAAUUCUACGUGCUGAAUAUUUCUGCCAGUGACCACGGUCAGCCCCAGUUGACGUCCUUUGUUCUCCUGAACAUUACUGUGACAGACUUCAAUGACAAUCAGCCUCAAUUUUCACAAAAUUCCUACACUUUGCGCGUGUCAGAGGAUACUAAAGUGGAUACAUACUUUGAUCAGAUUACUGCUACUGAUGAAGAUACCGGAGCAAACGCAAAGAUCACGUAUUCUCUGAAGGAUGACAUGGGAACGUUUUUCAUCUCUCCUGAAACGGGACAGUUAAAUCUUAUUGAGUCGCUAGACCGUGAGAAAAAGGACCUUUAUCGGUUAACUCUUGUAGCCACUGAUAAUGGGGCCCAUAGACUUUCCUCUGAAGCAGAGGUGUUCGUCGAAGUCUUGGAUGUAAAUGACAAUUUUCCGAAGUUUACUCGCCGUUUGUAUGAGCGGAAAUUGGUAGAAAACGUAGCCGUCGCUACUGUUGUACAAGUCGUGCGAGCUAAUGAUGCUGACGUAGGCAAAAAUGGCAACGUGCGGUACAUGAUUUCAGCGGGAAACAAAGCUGGCCUUUUUUCAAUUGAUGAAAUUACUGGAGAGAUAAGUGUGGCAAAACCCCUGGACCGUGAAGCUGACAACUCCUUGAAAAUUAGUGUGCUCGCAGAGGAUGGUGGGGAACCUAAGAAAACCGAUCAAUCAGAAGUUGAAUUUUUUUUGACUGAUGUGAACGACAACUCACCCGUCAUAAGACCGCAGAAGAGCACGGCUUCAGUCUUCGAGAAUGUCAACACUGGGUCGUUUGUGUAUGACGUCAAUGCCACUGAUGACGACAUCAUGAUGAAUGGGAGAGUAGAAUAUGCCAUCAUGCAUGGCGAGGAAGGGAAGUUUGUUAUUAACGCCACUUCUGGAGUUAUAACAACUUCCGGUGCGCUCGACCGGGAGAAGAAGGACUCGUAUUCGCUCAUCGUCAUGGCACGUGACAAGGGCACAGUUCCAUAUAUGGAUUUCGGUACAGUUGACGUGAAGAUACUUGAUAUGAAUGACAACACACCACUAUUUACCAGCACUUUCGGACCCUUCCUGGCAACUGAAAACGAACCAGAGAAUACAACCAUAGGAAAGGUUUUUGCUGAGGACAAAGACAUCGGGAAAAAUGCUGAAAUAACAUACUCAAUAACAGGGGGGGAUUCUGAGAACUGUUUUGAAAUCGACGGAGCUAGCGGAAGAAUCUUUACGAGAAAGCCAUUGGACCGCGAAAGAAUUACGCACUACGAUCUUUCAGUGGCUGCCACCAAUGUUGCAUCCAGUCCACCCCUGAGCAGUGGGACAAUAGUGAGAGUCAAUGUCCUGGACACUAAUGACGAAGCACCUCGUUUUAGUGUUCCAAGCUACAACGAGACAGUCUCCGAGGGAGCCAAAGCUGGGACGUCUAUUGUGAAAGUGUCCGCUCAGGACAAAGAUCUGGGUACGAACAGUCGUGUCUUGUAUAAAAUCCUGUAUGACGAGAUAACUGCAAACGUGUUUGGCAUGAAUCAAGAUUCCGGAAUAAUGACGUUAAAAAACAACAUCGACGAAGAAGAAUACAGACACUUUAUGGUUAUUGUAGAAGCAAAGGACCUUGGAUCACCCCAGUCCCUCUCGUCUGUUGUUCCUGUUUAUGUCAUCGUUGAUGACGUUAAUGACAACCAGCCGAAUUUCGACAAAACGUUCUACAGCGCGUCAGUCACUGAGGCGGCUCCCAUCGGUCGCUCAGUUCUCAAGGUCAGAGCCACAGACCAAGAUAUGGGAUCAAAUGCUGAAAUAACUUACAAGAUAACAGUUGGAGAUGAUCGGGGUGACUUCCGUAUUGAUGACACUGGUACUGUGUUCGUGAACAAGGGUCUAGAUCGGGAGAGGCAUCCUACAUACACACUGGAGGUUCGAGCCUAUAACUAUGAAACCAAAGCUUUCAAUGAGACCAGUCGACCACGGGAGAGAAAUGUGGAUGCUGAGGGUUAUUUGUAUGACACUUCAACCCUUAUGAUAGCUAUUCUUGAUAUCAACGAUAACGCUCCUAGGUUUAUCAGACCGCUCUUCACUGGAGGUGUUGCAGAAGCUGCAAGUUUUAACACGUACAUAAUGAAAGUCAAGGCUACAGAUAGAGACGCUGGUAACUUUAGUGCGGUGCAAUAUAGGAUAUCCUCUGGUAACGAUGGUGGCUUUUUCAAAAUAGACGAAGACACUGGAUUCAUAACAACUGCCAGCAACUUUAGAGGGAAAAAGGGCGAACGGUUUGAAAUUAAAGUCAGCGCUCAUGACAACCACGGAAAGCCUCCAACAAACGAGGCUGAAGGAGAGGCCACGGUCCAGAUAUUUGUACUCAUUGAUGAGCAACGAGUAACUCUCAAGGCUGAAGUUGAUCCAUCUCUUAUUGAUCGAAACAAAGAGGAAUUUAUAAGCGUUUUGAAUAACAUAACUGAGGCUGAAGUGAACAUAGAAGCGAUAUUCAAAGUCUUUUCAGAGAACACGGAUGGUAAACAGAUGGUUAACUCUGAAGUGUUGUUUCACGCUGUUGAUGUUAAUACUCAGACCAUCGUGACUAGCGAUGAAGUACUGAGCACUAUUGAAAAGUACCCUGACCAGUUGGAGACCUUGUACGCCAGGUGGAAAAUCAGAGCUCCCAUCUCUGCCACCACACAAUCUCCAACGGAGGACGGUGGCUUGGGUAACGCUGAACUAGCACUUAUCAUCCUUGGAUCCGUUGUUGGGCUGCUGUUAUUACUUGGUCUGUGUUUUGCCCUAAAGACUCGUUGCAGAGUAAAGAAACGUGAAAUGUAUAACUCGCCAAGAGCACGAAGAAAACUUGGAACCACCAAUCGCAAUGGUUCCUGGUCGUAUUAUGAUGACGUCAUUGGUACUAUUGAAGACAAGAGUGUAGCUUCUGUCAGGAUGUCUCAUCCAUAUGGAAGCGACCCGGGAAUGUACAGCGGCUCAGAUUAUGUGCUCACUAAGAAAGGACACUCAUUGGAAGACAGAAUUUGGGAUGACGAGGCUGACUGCUACUUAUCACAGGAUUCAAAUUCUAAAAUCGAAUCAUAUCUUGACGAUGACGGCGAGUCAGAACACGGGGCAGCCGGAAGUGAUAUCAGCCAGGAAAGUUCUGCCCACUCAUCGAAACUAACAGCUGACGGCAUGGUUAUAACUAAAGUCUAACAAGAUGCAUUUCUUGUUUUGAAAUACUAGUCAUAACAGCAUUGAUUACUAAGCCCAAGUUCAAAAUGUUUGAACAAAAAUGGACUAAAAUGAACUGUAACUCUCGGAUAAGGACGCAAGCAAGUUUGUUAAGUCCCCCGCAAAACAUUGUGAGGCGCUUAGAGGCUUGCAAUAAGCGCUAUAUAAAUUUAUUAUUAUUAUUGCUCUAACUUGUAAUUUAUCUUAUCAUCAACGGCACUACUUGAUGCAACUUUCGAGUGCUCCCAGAAUCAUUAAAUAAUGUGCAGAUGCCAUAAGGAAAACGUGUUAAAAAAAACCGCGGGUUGUUUACUCUUUUUGCUCUAUUUCUUGAUUACGUAGAUGUUAGAAUGCAUGAGUCAGGCAUUUUUGGCCUUGAAUUGCGAGGACAUUUUAUAGAAAUUUCCAUCACGGCAUUGGUCAGUUUGGAGCAAAAGAAACUCACAAUUAAUCGAUGUAGCGUUGAAAAAGAAACUGCCCAUUCAACAUGUACCAUUCAUGAUAGGUUUGACCCAUACAGCUUAUAGAACGCAUUUUCGUACAUCUAGAACCUUUACAAUAUUUCCUCUUGCUAUCAAUUCCAGUAUUUGGCUGACAGAUAGUGAAAGUUUUAGGUGGAAUGGUCUUACAUACCACGAAGUAGUUUUCAAGUAUUUUUAAAUUGUACGUGGCUUUGAUGAUAAUCUUCGCCAGCGAGUAACCUUGUUAACUUUACUGAUGUGUGUUUUAUCUCAAGUCCAAAUAAUUGUACGGACCUAACCGUCUUUGUUAAAACUGAGUCAUCUCUAUCAGCAGUAAGCCUUGAAAUUUGAGAAUAAAAUGUAAAUUCUCUCCUUGGAAAGGUCUCUGUUAA